AUGAAAGCAGCACAAAUUGCUAUUUGCACCUUCCUUCUGCUGAUUUUGGCUAAUGUUCAAGUGUCAAUGGCAGUAACAUGCAGUCCAGUGCAACUUAGCUCAUGUGUGAGUGCAAUCACUUCUUCAACUCCUCCAUCAAAACUAUGCUGCUCCAAGAUUAAGGAACAAAGACCUUGCCUUUGCCAAUACCUCAAGAAUCCCAAUCUUAGGAAGUUUGUUAGCUCUCCAAAUGCAAGGAAAGUUGCUAACACUUGUGGAACCCCCUUCCCAAGGUGCUAA